UUGAUCUGAUCGUUUAUAUUUUUAUUUUAUUGCUCGUUAGGUAUAUAAUAAAAAUAUAUAUUUUUUAUGUGUAAGAGAAAAAAAAACAAAUAAUAGCAAAAGAUAAAGCAAAUCUCAUCAUCGCUACGCUUAUCUAGUGCAAAAAAAAAUAAAAGAAAUAUAAAUGAAGGAACAUUCCGGGAUAGAUAGACAAUAAAUAUAAAUACUUUAUUACAAAUACCACAAACUUUCACAUUCUUUCCAUAUAGUGGCGUACUGCAUGCAAUCUGUAACAUAACAUAAAAAACAACGGUCAAAGUAAGCGGCUCAUGGAUCAGUAAAUUUACGCGAAAAAAACGUAAAAUGUGAUAAAAAGUGCAAUUUCAAGCGAAAAUAAUUAUGCAUAAAAAUGAGGAAACGCAAGACAAAAGAUAGCAAAAUGUUCCUAAGCAGCAAAAAAUGGCUAACUAGCCACUGUGGCAUUUAUAUAUUGAUUUUAAUGACUGCAUUUGUGGUGAACGCUAACGGAUCAGAUGUUGCAGAAAAACCACUAAUUAUAGAAAAUUAUAAAUUACCAUCAUCAACUUCAACAACGCUCACGCCGGUAGAAAAUAAAACAAGUAGAUCAUUAGAAAGCAGUGUUAACCAUCGCGAAAAUCAUGCAACAACGCGAGAUAAGUCAUUAGAUGUUACGACAAUAUCGAGUAUGGACGAUAGCGAGGAAGAUGACGUCGCUUCAGAGGAAAUUGGCGUCACGUCAGACGUUCCAACGACAGUUGUGAGGACUACAACAACUGAAAAAAUGUCGACAAAAAAGCUGAAAUCGACAAAGGUUGCGAUGAAAAGUCAACCGACAACCACAGAAAUGCCUGAAAUCACGACAGAAAUGGAGAUGAAGGCAACAACGACGGAGAUUCCUCCAACUACAAAGUCAGAAAUGGAAAAAUUACAGUCCACGAGAACUUCGAAAGCGAUCAAAUUCCAAAAAUCUACCGUUGAAAGUACAAGUCCUGCUUCGAGUUCAACUCCAUUGCGUCAAAGAUCGUAUGAUAUCGGGGUAAAUAAGACGAACGAUAUCCACCCUCAAUAUAGAACCGAAAAAAAUUCCGUCACAAUUUCCGAUGCGAUGAGCGGAGCUGAUGUUUUAGCGUUCGCGAAUGCGGAAAAUGCAUUUUCUUCAAAUAAAACACACGAAGCCCUCAUGAAUGCUAAUGACACGUUGAAAUCUUUGACGGAUUGGAGUCAUAUCAUUCAAGCAGUUGAAUCGACAACGGAAAAUAUCGCUACUGUUCCCCCAUUUUCGCCACUGCCAACGACAAGUGUCACACGAAAUCCCGUAAAAUCGUCCCCAAUGACGACGGAAUCUCCUUUGACGACCAUUUUCAAGCAAAAUAUGCUGACAAUCGGUGAAGUUUAUCGCAAAAAGUCGGAAUCGAGUCAAGUUAAGCCGCAAGAACGAAUCGAUGUGUACAAAUAUUAUCAGACAGAAACGCCCCUUCCUCCAACAACAACGACGACAACUGAAGAGGCUCUUACGUCGACAACUAUCUGGAUGACGACGACAAAUGCCGAUAAGAAAAAUACAGAUGCAGAAUUUAUUGAAACAACGUUGGUUGAAACGACAACAGAACCGCAGCCUUUUUCAUCGACGUUUUCAAGAAGAGCUAAUUAUCGGUUUACGACGUUGCCGCCAUCGACGUUGACGGAUUUUUUCUCAACAAUUACGACAAUGGAGCCGACAACUACUACAGAACGGGUCACAACUACAACUUCGACGACUACGACAACUCCAAGUACGACAACUUUCCAAGAACCAUCAACAACUCCGUCGACAACGACUUCUUCCACGACUCCUUCAACGACAUCCACGACAACAGAAGAGAUCAAAACCGAUUUUUACACAAUAAUUCCAAAAACUUCUUCGAAUUUCAUCACAACUCAAACCGUUGUUACCGAUAACGACAAUAUUUGGGUCGUUACUGAUGAAAACACAACCCCUAUUAGUUCGACAACGACUUCAACCUCGACAAAUCCAUCCACAAUGUCCGAGGAAGUUGGUUCAACGGAAGCUCCGGGACCAGAUGUUGCUGCAAUUGUCGUCAUUUCAUUGAGUGUCGUUGGAGUCAUUGCCUUUUUAUUACUUAUGGGCUUCAUUUUCAUCAUCAGAAAGCGACAAAAUCAAACAAAAUACGCGAAUCGAUGUCGUCCUGUUGGAUUGGAUGCUUAUAGUUUGGAUAAUGUGUCAGUUUAUAACAGCGUACGAAGAAAAGGCAACAAUUUGAGGUUAUCCAAAAGAUCGUAUGGCAAUUCAGCGUUCGAAGAUCCCAAUUUGGAAAGUCAUGUGUUGAGUGUUCCUGAUUUGGCAACUUUUGUUCAGAAAAAGUACGAGAUUUAUGAUGAGUACAAAGAUAUUCCAGUCAUUACCUCAAGAAUUGAAGAAAUGUUGUACGGAUGUGAAGAUAAAAAUCGAUAUUCGAACGUUAUUCCGCUGCCAGAGACACGUGUUCAUCUCAAAAGACAAAAUGAUGAUGAAAAAACCGAAUAUAUUAAUGCAAAUUAUGUCAAAGGUCCUGAUGAUGCCACAAAUUAUUACAUUGCGACACAAGCUCCUCUGGACAACACAAUUCACGACUUUUGGCGCAUGGUGUGGGAACAACAGUCAAAAGUCAUCAUUAUGGCUACCGAUCUAAGUGAGAAUGGAGUUGAAAAGUGUGCGCAGUACCUUCCCUCAUCAGUUGUUUUGGAUAAUGUUCAAACUUAUGGACAAUUUCAGGUAACACUCAAAAGUCGCGAAGUUAAAGGAGAAUAUGCCUUAUCCACGAUCCAUUUGAAACAUCUGGAAACCAAAUCCUUCCGCGAAAUCGUCCAUUUCUGGUAUAGUUGGCCCGAAAGUGGCGUACCACAAGACGAAACAAGCUUAAUUGCGAUGUUGCUCGAAGCUCGUAGCUAUUCUCGUCUUUCGUUGCCGGAGCAGCGAACCACAGACGAAAUUGAGAAUUACAAAACGAACAACAAUAAUGGCGAUGUUGAAUCGGGCAUGAUUGAAUCGAAUGGCAAGACAGCUACUUCAACGUUUGAUUCAAAGACUCGAUCGCUGCAAAGAACUCAAACACCGAUAAUUGUGCAUUGCAGUCCCGGCACAAGUCGAACAGGCACAAUUAUUGCAUGUGAUAUCGUUUUAAGGACUUUAGAGAUACCUCCAAGACAAAUAGAUAUUCCAAAAAUUGUGUACACCGUGAGACGGGGACGCGCCAAUGCUGUGCAAACCAAACAACAAUACGAAUUUAUCUACAAAGUGGCUCAUGUUUAUGCGACAAAAUUGAAUGGACCGAGCAUAGAUUAGUAAAAAAAAAUCAGUCCAUUCCGAAUUUAUUGUGAUAAUUAAUUAAAAAAUAGCUUGUUAAAGUCACAAAACAAGGAAAAAAUAAAAUAAAAUUAGUUUAUGGAGUGUUUAGAUUUAUUAAUGUCAA